AUGAGAAUGUAUUUACAUAGCCGUGGCGAUUAUAAAUCGACGAGACCUUAUUCAUAUACUCGAAUCUAUGGGAACACAUCGUUAUAUACACCACCGAUGUUAGCACCAGAAGCUCGCUUACUUACUACUCGACGUGGUUAUUCAGGAUAUACUUUUGUGGGUGGUGAACAUAGUUAUGAUGUAUCUUCGCGACCAUAUUCAUUGAAUAAUUAUCAUUUUUGGAGAUCACACAUAGCAAGGUAA